AGGAAAUAAAAAUGACAUGUACAUGAUGAUUUUCGAUCACAUUUAGAUAUUAGCUACGACCUAAACUACGACCUACACGGCAAAGGGAGAAUAUAAACAAGAAAAACUCUUGGUCGCUAAGCACCGCAAGAUAAGCUCGUCACAACAACAACACCAACCAUGGAAGAUACACCAUCGCCGACGGCACCAGCCCAGGAAUCCCCUUCGCUAGACACUGCUGUCUACGUAUUUUCUCUCUUUGACACGGGAGCCCUGCUAUUCCUACUGGUCUACUAUGUUAUUACGUUGUCGGACUUGGAGUGCGAUUACUUGAAUGCACAACAAUGUUGUUACAGAUUAAACAUUUGGGUGAUCCCUAAGCUUGCUGCUCACCUCCUCCUGUCUGCAGUAUUCUUGCUUACUGGUCAUUACUACCUAUUCCUUGCUUCCAUACCUUUGGCAGUUUACAUCAUUAGGGAGUAUGUAAAAGUCCCCAAAGGAAAUUUUGGAGUGUACGACCCAACCGAGAUUCACCGGAUGGGUCAGCUCAAAGCACACAUGCGUGAUGCAGUGAUUGGUCUUGCUUAUUAUUUGGUCUUUUUCUUUAUCUACCUUUAUUGUUUCCUUACUCAUCUUCUCCGAUCAAAUCCCAUUCCGAAGCCAGACUUUGCAGACGAUACUGGGUUUUAGGUCACAAGCAGAGGUUGUGAAUGGUUAUCUGUCACAUUCAUCAGUCCCUUUUCCUCUAUGAAAGAGGAGACAAAGCAUAAUAGUGGGAUGAUAGUUUUCGAACAAGCAUUCCAGCCCCACAAGGCUAUAGGUCUUUCUAGUUACGGCUUAGCUCGUUUUUGAUUUUGCAGAAAUGCUGACCCUAGUCAGUGUAUGAUUCAGUGCAGUGAAAUAUAGUAGUACUUUUAAUAUUUUGAUGAUAUUUAGGGAUACAAUUUUAACUCUUGCUGAAAUAAAGUGAAGCAUGUAUCUUUUACAGACUUUAGAGCAAAGUUUUUCCAUUUUAUAUGGAAUUCUAGAGGGUUAAAUACUGAAGCUUUUAUGUAAAAGAACAAUUCAUGAAAUAAACACAUAGUUUCCCUUGGAAAAACUGUUCAGUAUUUCUGUAAAUUAGUGUUUAGUCUUGCAUGGUCUAGUCUGCUUGAAACAUUCAUUGCUUUCUGUAUCAUUUUAAUGAGAAACAUUGUAUGUUCAUUUGCAUUACUGUAUCCUCAUUCAUUUUUAUGAAUUCUGAUUUCCUUCUCAGUAAAGUGUUGGUUAUUUCACACAAUGCAGAAUCAGGUGAUAAACUAUUGCUUUUACUUUUGAUGGCAGUGGGAAUUUUAAGAUACACAGUAGAUUUAAUUCAGUUUUCAUUUUAAUUUAAGCAGUAUCUUUAUUUAACAAUGUUUUGCAAAACUAUUUUGUGUGAUACCAACAGGCUGACCUUACAUGAAUUUGUCACAAUUUAUAUUUUAUAUAUAUAUAUACAUAUAUAUAUGUAUAAUAUACAUAUAAAGCUAAGACAAUCUUUGAAGGACUUUGCUUGUUGUCCUGUCCAGAUUUUCACUUGCUUUCUUUGUUUUGCUUCAAUAGUAAUACUGCUCGUCCCUUUUUUUCUUUUUCUUUUAAUCCUGAGGAAUAUACUGCUAAUAUUGUUAAGUAAAUGCCAUUUUUCUUCCUGUACUUUAAGGAGAAAUACAUGCUAUCUUUCUUCAUUUACUUCUUAAGAAAAUUUUAAAAUUCAUAUCCUAAAGUGUCACCUUUAUCUUUACACCUAAGAACAUACCAUCUCCUUUUGUUUACUAAAUAGUGUUGCCAAGAUAUAGAGUGAAACAAAAUGUUUACCUCAGUAACAUGAAAAAUGUAGGUUAUGUAGUUCGUAAUGCUUUGGUGAUAAGUAGGCUUAUUUUUAUUAUGGUACACAAGUGAAAUGCAGGUUGUGUACCAAUUUACUGUAAGAAAAUCAUUGAAAAGAACUAAAUAGACCAGGUAAAAAAAAAUUAAAUCUUAUGAGGGAUAUUUUCAAGGUUUGUUGUUGGUGUUCAUGUGUUAUGUUUGUCAGUUUCGUGUAGACUAGUGUACUAAGUUUUUGCUCUGCAUUUAUAAAACAAGAAACAUCUUUUUUAUUCUCUUGACUACUUUCAUUUGUGAGUCAUUAGUUGCAGGAGUAAGCCAAGUAUGAGAAAUCUAAUAAAUCUUCGCAAGCCAAGUCUGAGAAAUCCAAUAAUUUGGCCCGAAGACUCCAUAAUUAAGCAGUAAGGUCUACCAGUUGUAGUUUUCCUCAAAUGUGCUAAUGGGCACAAUGUGACAAAUGCACACUUUAUUAUAGUAACACUCUUACCUGAAGUCUUUUUACAUUUUUGUUAGCAUAAUUUUCUUGUCUUGAAUGUCAUUUUAUAUUUGAUUCAGAAUUAAAAAGCAGUGGUAUGUAUCUUUGCUGUUCAAACUGUUAAUCUUUUUAUUUUCCACUUCUUGGGCAACUCAUAUUAAUACCUGUGACGAAUUGCACAAUUUUAUCUACCUAGUAACAUCUACAAAUUUUCUGCUAAACGAGCAUUUACUCUUCUGUAAACUACUAUGUUUGAAGCUUUGUUACUCAAGACUAACAAAGUUUAUAAAUGCUCAUAAUACUGCCACCUUAUGCGAAUCCCUCUGAAAUGUAUUAUUUUGUAAGAACUAAACAAUGGUCUAAGCAUUCUAUGUCACUAAGGCUGAAUUGCCCUUUGUAGUGUGUUUUCAUGAGGCAAAUAAGGUGCAUGUUGCAGCUGCAUAUCCCUAUGUUUUGUUUCUCCCUGUUGACUUCUAAUACCCUAUUAAAUGUGUGUAGUUAAUCUGAAAAAAUUAGUAAUGCAAGGUAUUUGAAAAUGAUACAAAUAUUUUUACUUCCAUGUACUGUACGUAGUUUGUUUUACUGUUACUCAUAGAUUUUUAAACAGGUUAUGAAGUAAAGUAUAGAAUAAUGUUAUUUUUGCAUUAAGGAAUUCAGAAUAAACUAGCUCAUUAGGGAUAGUACUAUGUAUCUUCAGGGAAGUAGUCAUGUCUUGUCCACAAUUAAUUGUUUACCUCAGAUACUGUAUUGAAAAUUAUUACAACCCUUUGUUUGUUUAAAGAAAGUAAUAAAUGUGUAAACUAUUAAUAAAGAAUUAAACAGGU